AUGUGGCUCAGCCCCCUGCACCGUGCUGCCAGAAUCUGGGCCACCGGGGCCACCGGGGCCACCGGGGCCACCGGGGCCACCGGGGCCACUGGGGCCUCCGGGGCCUCCGGGGUUAUUCCGCCCCCACAGUUUGAAGUGGUUCCGGGCGGCGCCAUUGGUGUCAAGAUGCCCCCGGUUCAAUCUUUCCUUCCCAUGUUUCCGCCUCUGCUCACCGGGCUCCCGCUGGCAUUGCCCAAGCCACCGGGCGAGCCGCCAGCGGAACUUCUGGCUGCGGUUGAUGCAGCCAUGGCACGGGCAGGUGCGGCCCGGGUGGAGUGGGAGGCUCAUAAGUCCCCGCAGGGCCUCGAGUACUACUUCUGUCGGAAGACUGGGGAGUCAAGAUGGGUUCGGCCCUGUGGACCGGAGGAUGUCAUCGUGCCACCUGGUGCGUCUCUGGAGACGCCAAAAGCCGAGCCAGACGCACCGGCUGAGCCGGCGCCGGCUGCGCCUGCUGCGCCUGCCGCGCCUGCCGCGCCAGCGCAAGCACAGGGCAACACCAUGAAGGAUCGGAUCGGCGAGCCUGAGACGUGGGAGACCAUUGGCCGCACUGGAUGGACACGAGUUCAGACAGACAAAGGCUUUACGUAUUUUUACCACAAGAAGCAGAAGAAAACAUCUUGGACAUGCCCGACUGAGAUUGAAAGAGAUGUUGCUGAGCUGGAUGGGUGUUUGGCACCUGAGGAGCCACAAAAAGAAGAACCAGAAGAGGGCAAGGAAGGAGAUCCCGAGCGUCCGGCAGGUGACAUGCCCAAAGAUGACGCGCAGGAUGAAGCCCCGAAGUUGAGCAAAGCGGAGCGCGCAGAAAAGCGUGCCCAGCAGGUUGAGAAGGAGCAGUACAUUGCAAGGGAGAAGGAGAAGCUUCGAAACUUCAAGCAGUUGCUGCUGGAGAAGGGUGUUAAGGCGUUCGACAAGUACGAGAAGUGGCUACCUAAGCUCAUGCAUGAUCCCCGGUUCCUGGCCGUCACGGGGCAGAAGGAGAGGAAGCUCCUCUUCGAGAUGCUGGCGAAACGCAUCGAUAGCGAGAAGCGGAAGACCCAGGUGGCCAGCAAGGUGAAGGGCCGGGAGGCCUUCAGGGCGCUCUUGACCAAGGCCGAAGAAAUGGACUUGCUCGAGGGCCGCACCGCCGAGAAGGCGCUGCUGGCCAUGGAGCGGCAUUGCGGCGGGGACGAGCGCUGGGACGCCGUGGAGGAGAAGGAGAAGCUGCGGAUGAUCUCCGAGGCCCUGGAGGAGGCGACCAGAAAAGCGGAGAAGGCGAAGGAGGAGGCGCGAAUCGCAUUCCGCCAGCAGGUGCUUUCGGCCUUGAAGGGCCGCGACAGCUUCCCGCCCUUCUCCAAGAUCCGCAAAGAGCUGGGUGGCUCGUGCCUGGCCUCGGCGGAGCGGGAGAACAUCUACAACCGCGCCGCGCGCGAGCUGGAGGAAGCCAAGCGAAGGCAGCGGGCCAAGCAGCGAGAGGUCCAGCUGGAGAUGGACGAGGCCAGAAAGAGGCGGAAGCUCACGGAGACCGAGGACAAGCUUUUCAGCCUUCUGGCGGAACGGAUGCGGAACCCGUUCAGCAUGACCUGGGAGGAGGCUAAGCCGGAGUUGGUGGACCUGAAACUCCACGAGACCUUCGCACUGAAGGAUGAAGACUUGGCGCAGAUGUGGCAGGAAUUCCAGCGGAGAGCCAUUGAAGCCCGCCGUGAGGCAUGGCUGUGCAUCCUCGAUUCAGCUGGCUUCGAAGCAAUUGGACCGGAAUUGGAGUUUGAGGAUGUAGUGCGAAGAGCCUUUGAUGCCAACACGAGCGCGGCAACUGCCAGAGCCUUCCAUGGAAUGCCAGAGGAUGUGCUGAAGGCCGCCUGGGUAGAAUGGCGAGUCAGGGCUUACGACCUUGCGGUGGAGGAUUGCCAGAAGUGGCUCCGCACAUGCGAGCACUUGCGUGGCUGCGAAGAUGUGGAGCCUACAGGCGGCGACAGCUUUGACAGGCUCCUGCAAAGACUGGCAACCAAAGAUGUUCGCUUCAGACGUCUGAAUGGCCGUCCAGAAGAACAGACCAGGCUUCUGGCGGGCCGGCUGCGGGAGCUCCGCAGCGCGCGAGAGAAGGCAAGAAGCAAAGGCGAAGAGGAGGAGGUGUACACAGGCAACUGCAAGCAGUUUCCGGAAGGGGAGCGGCGGCAUGGCAUCGGCACCUACGUGUACUCCAGCGGCACGCAUGAUGUGUACAAACAAUACCACGGGCAAUGGCAGGAGGACAAAAAGCAUGGGUACGGCGUUCUUUUCUACCGCAAUGGCGGUGUUUACGUUGGACAGUGGACAAAUAAUCAGAAGCAUGGGUUGGGAGUGCUGCUGGACAACGCCACGCAGGACGGCAUGCCCACCUACCGCUACGAAGGGCUUUGGCUGGAGGAUCAACAGCAUGGCCUUGGUGCAGAGGAAGCUGAUCUAGUGUCUUACUUUGGCAACUUCACCAACGGACAGCGUGCUGGCCGGGGUGUGCGCAUGAACUUGGCCAAGAUGGGCUCUAGCUCCGGUGUUGAAGUCAUGGAUGCAAAUUCUCGUCCUACCCCAUUCCUGGAAGCAUUGGAGCGCGAGUUGGAUGAGCUCUACAAAGAAGAUGAUUUGCAAAGAAAGACUUCCCCGAACAUGAGUGACGAGGCUGCUCUGAUGGCUGCGUUGAAAGAAAGCAACGCGAGCGCGACCUUUCACUUCGGCCAGUCCGCGGGAGCCGCUGCCCGUGCCUCGCUGACGGACAUCUCCUUCGAGGCACCUGCUCCCAGCUCUAAUGAGAACGAGAGCGGAAGCACAUCGACUGCAAGUGCCAAGCGAAGCACACCUCUUCUCAUUCCUCGCAACGGGUCCAACAAUGAUUUUGGCACGCCAGCCACGCCAGCGCUUCAAGCAGGAGCCGCCAGCUUUUGUGGUGGCAGCUUCAUGGGCCAGCGAAUCUCCAGCCCCGGCACUUCUAUGGGUCAGACGACGCCGAUGCAAUAUGGCGUGACUGGACCGGCAGGUUCAGACAGAAGAAGCUCCAGCGAAAGUCGUCGCCUUUGCUCUUCGGAUGCGGCUGAUGGCACUGGACAUGGAAGCUUCGUGUUUGCAAUGCAUGAGGAGAACGAUUUCAUCUCGCCACAGGAGUCUCGGUUGGAGCGCCGCCCUAUUCCAGAGGAGUGCAGUCAGCGCGACCUUGACAACGGCGUGGUGCAACGAUUGACUCGCCAGGGAAGUAAAGCUGGAGAUUUGCACACAGCAGGCAUGGCGGGCUCUGCAGGCCAUGUUCUUCUUACGCCUCAGGACUCCUCAACGACAAAGACAAAGAGACCGCAGCAAAUCCGGAAGUCUCCUCUUCUAUGGACGGAGGAUGAGCUUGCUGCGUUUAUGUCCUGCCUCGGUCUGAGCUCUGAAGUAUGCCAUCGCGUAAUGCGUCAGCAGAUCAAAGGUGCCUCACAGUUUCUGAGCAUGUCCAAUGGCCAACUGCGCAAAGCUCUGGGGCUCGUCACUCCAGUUGAGCGCCUGGUAGUCAGGCAUGCUCUCAAGCGUUUGCUCGAUGCAGCUCGUUGGGAAAACAACGUCUGCGGCCACAAGGGCAUGGAUAUCCUCAGCGAUUCAGUUCUGAGCCAUUUCAUCAUCCCGAAGGAAGAGCUCACGUUGGUUUCAAAGAUCUCGCAGGGCGGGUACGGCACGGUCUACCGUGGUGUCCUAGAGCCAAAAGUGGACCGUGCUGGAGGCACCUUUCAAGCUCGACGGACCCACUUGGUGGCAGUGAAGGACAUGAAGGGUGAGCGCAGAGUUCAGCUCUACGAACUUCUGAAAGAAGCGUGCGUGAUGGCGUCUUUGAGCCACCCGAACAUUUGCACUUUCGUGGGCGUUUGCACCGACACUGUGCAGCGGAAGCAUUUCAUCAUUUCGGAGCUUAUGGAUUGCUCACUCUUCGACAUGAUUCACCAGCCUUACAAGCUGCGCUGGCAUGGGGAGCUGACGGUUUCACUGUCCCUCAGCCUGGGGACUGGCAUCAUCUCAGGAAUUUGCUACAUCCACCAGAAGAAUCUGGUCCAUGCUGACUUGAAGUCAUCCAAUAUUUUAAUCGAUUACACUUCGUCGUCGCGGAAUCCGAUCCCGCGCAUUUGUGACUUUGGCCAUGCGGCCGUGCGCUGCCACCCGUCCCCGCACCAUCGCUGCGGCACCCCGCACUGGGCAGCUCCGGAGGUGUUGCGCGGGGAAGCGCUGAGCCCUGCAGCAGACAUCUACUCCUUCGGGGUGAUGAUGUGGGAGAUGCUAACACAAAAGCUUCCUCACAAGGACAUGAGCUUUGGGCAGGUUCUGGCUUCGGUAGGCUGGGCUGGGUGGACGCCAGACAUGACCCAGCUGCCGGAACUUCCUCGGGAGGUUGGGAGGAUCAUAAAGGAAUGCCUUCGAUUUGCUCCCACCGAGCGGCCUCUUGGGAAAGACGUUGUGAAUCGGCUGAAGAGAUUCCCGAAACAAGUCCGAAUGAAGACCUUGAAACUGCUAGCCUCCUUCCUAGGGCACGAGCUGUGA